AUGGCAAAAAAAUUGAUAAAAGACUUAUAUUCAACUCAUUUUUCUUUAGGAUUUAACGAAGACCCUAAAAUCACAACAAGCUCAUCUUCAUAUCUUCCCCAUUGCCAAAAAACUGAAAAUUUCAGAACUUUAUCACAAGAAAGAAUUGCUCUAGGCCAUGAAAGACAUCCCCUGAGAUCCUUAUCACAAGAAAUGUUUACAUUAAAAGAACCUGUAAAAACAUCUCCUAGAAGAAUUGUCCCAGGCCAGAGAAAUUCUGAUACUUUAAGAUUAGGAAGUAGCGGCAAUGACUACAAAUCAAGCUCAUGCUAUGCAGAGUUUCAUGGUGAUAAAGUGCCUGAGCUUAUAAAAAUAAAUUCAAAUUUGAGUUCUAUCAGACUAGGAGACUAUAAGAAAAAAAUGCUAUCAACUAUGAGGGAAGAAUUUAGAGAGCUCAAUAAAGGAACAGAAAAUAAAAAAUAUUUAGAGUUAAAAAACUAUAUGAGGGAAAAACAUUUUACUAUGAGUGAAAGAAAUGAAAAGUUCAUAGAAAAAAAUAGAGGAAAUAUAAUGAUAGGAAGCUGCAGGAUUGUAAGAAAUAAUUAUACGCCAAGCAAAAUAAUUUUUGGAAAUGCAAAAGAUAACUCUAAAUUGUUCAGAAGCUCUUCUCAAGUCGCAUUUACUACCCACUUUUUAAAAUGGAACAAAAAAUCUUGUUUAGUUUAAAGGGAGUUAAAUUUUUAUAAUCUAUUUAUAUUAAAUUGCUCUCAAUAAAAAUUAUUUUUUACGAAGAAUUAUUUUUAAAAAUUAAUCGAUUCAGUGUAGAAACUGUUUAAAUAAUAUUUUAUUUUAACCUUUUCGUUAAAUCAGGUCAGUAUUUUUAUCUUGAAAAAAUUUUUUCUCAAUUUGAAGGAGAGUUAAAGUACCCAAAAAAUGGAAAUUUUACCUAUAUUUUGUUCUAAAUUAAAGAGGGGGAGUUAGAAAAUUUGAUGUACAAUAUUAUAAAAAUCAUUUUUGCGAGUAG